GCUAAUAGUAAAACGGUCACUCACUUGGCCACAGGCCACUACCGUCUCCAACUCGGACAACUUUCUCAACCGUGCAUCAUCAGCACUCUUUGUCAAUUACUCAUUGCAUAGCACUCCCCGUUUCACAACCGUUCUCUUGUCUUCGCAUUCAUUCUGGUUACAACAAGAGUUGCACGUCAGGCGUUGCAGUGAUCGAACCCCAAGGACACAUUCCUUUGCAAGAGAAGCACCCGCCAUGUCGGCGCACCGUCCGGAGCCCUCACCAACGCGUGGUCCUGCGAGUUCCCGUCUCUCACGCCCAAAUACCACGACCACCUCCGAGGACUCAGCCACAACGACCACCUUGUCUACAACUCGCAACAACGAUUCGCGCCCUGCCAACAUAAACGAAGAUGAUAUUCUCUCCGCGGCCGCCUACCGGAACUUGGCCGACUCGCAGGCAAGCCUUCUACGUGCGACCUCGGCAUUGGAAGAGACCUUCUCUAGUAUCCGCAUCCUGCGGGACCACAUCGCCGCCAGGCGAAAUGGCUCAUCUACUAGUGUAGAAGGUACGCAGACCGCGGACACAUCCAUGGGCCCCGACCACAACGCCAUCGUUCUAUCCGACUCUGAGCCGGAGCGCCGUCGCACUAUAUCCGAGACGAUGGCUCUCAAUGAGGAUUUGCGCGCCGAGCUGGACGGGCAGAGGCAAGAAAGUGAGCUCGCGACCUUACGCGAGGGACGUGCAGCAGUCGAUGCAGCGGGCCCGCGUACCACAGGUGCAAGUGGCUACACGCCUCCGCAGAUACAACCUCAGGCUCGCCGCACGUCUACUCAGACCAGCACGGCUCCUCUCCGCUUCGGCCCCCGCCCUGAGUUCGGUCGAGUUACGAGCCAGCCACGCCCUGAAUCCUCGACGGGUCAGUCACGCCCUGUACCUCGCCGACCGCUGCUCGAGACCCAUCUUCGCUCGCCAAGAGAGGGCAGCAGUUCCACGGACUCCUCGACCACACUAGGCAGACGUGUAGCUGCCCGCGCUGCAGCUGGACAAUCCAGUGGCUCGCGGCCAAGUACAUCGUUCAACGACAUCAUGGAUGACAUCCGACGCGAGACGCGCGACAUGCCUGCAAUCUUGGAGCGUAUCCGCCGGCUGGAAUCCUCGGUGCCGAAUGUGGGAGAGCGAGAUGCCCACUGGAUCAGCCAGCAGAACACGAGUAUCAACAACCUCAUGCAAGAAGCCCGUGCAUUAGGUGUACCAACGCACUCCGAAGCACCCACGCCAACAGCGGGUCAAAGGUCAGCUGAGAGAACCGACCCCAUAGACUUCCCAAGUCCGAUGUCGUCUUCGUGGUUCACUCCGAGUCCAACGUUCCUACCAAACACACACAUCUCGACGUCUACCACCACUACGGACAGGCCUAGAUCCCUUGCUGACCACUUCGGUCCUCCUCAACUCGGUUCUAUUCAACGAAGAGGAAGCGACCCGGACGUGCCUCCCAGCUUCAGGGAACGGAUCGCCCAGCUAGACGCGGAAUUGGAACAACAGCGUGAGAGACAAGUGCGUCUUCUUGCAAGAAUGUCAGCGAGCCAGGACGCUUCGGUCAGUGCGCGCGACGAGGCGGCGGCUACGCGAUGGCCGGUUGUCACCAGCGACAGCCCCCUCAACACCGAGAUUCUGGCCAUGGAGGCUCGCCUUUCGGACGCGCUGGAGACCCUCAACUCUGUCUCUGGACCCGGCUCGAGCUUCGAGACGUUGCGUGCCCUCACGGCGCGUGACUCUGCCUCGAGCUCCAAUGAUAUCGAGGAUGACGACCCGUUCAGCUGGCUCAUGCCCAGCCGGACACCGCCCGCGCGCGAGGCGGAAACGAGGCGGACAGGGAGGUCUGUUUGGCCGACGACCAGGGAUGGCGCAUCUCAGAAUACCAAUACAUAUCCCUUCUCGGAGACGAUGGCUGUCUUCUCAGGAGGAAGGGCGCGGCGGGAGAGAGGAGCACAGAGGACUGUUCUGCCCCCUUCUGGAAGAGGAGAAGCUGCUUCGUCGAAUGCAAGUAGCUCGCGACGUCGCAGGCGGGGAUGGGCACGGCUCGACCAUGAUGGCAACGAGAUCCCCACAGACGAAGAGGAGGAAUACGAGCGCAACCGCGCACAAAUGCGUGCCCGUGCACUUCAAAUCACGGCCAGUCAACCCCCAGAACGCCUCACACUGACAAGGAGCCCCCCAACCGUUCUCCCGCCACCACCGCCGCCGGCAGGUCGCCGCCUGUCCUUCGUACCCACCACACAGCCGCUGUUCUGGCCCAGCAGCAGCUCAGAUGUGCGCGUUCGCAUCAACCCCGCCAGGGAUCUGGUUCCCAGCGAGCUCGACAGGCCCAUCACACCGCACGACGACAGCGACGACGAGGACUAUUGGAGGGACGCCCCUCCGUGCCCGCAGACGAUCGGGUCGUCGGCUCCCUUCGUGCCAAGUCUCCUGCCGCUGCCUAGGGUGGAUCUGCCUGGAAGCUCGUCUGCGCGUGCGGCGAAGUUGAAACGGCCGAUACGGAUAGCUGACCCUAUGCCCAUGUAUUGCGCUGGGCGAUAGAAUCGUGCUUGUACUUGGAUCCGAUUUCGUUGAAAUACCCGAGUCGCAUUCCUGUUGGGUUGGAAUCUAAGCUUACGGGGAAGUUUCGUGAUAUAGUGGUGAAUGGCCACUGCAUAUUUUAUCGUCAACUCCACCUGCGUCUGAUGCGCUAGCAUAGCUUGUACGAUAUCAUAAUACUGUCGAAGACACCGUCGUCAAAAUCGGGCACGGGAAUGUCAGGGCAUCGUGACGUCUGCGUGGUCGGACCCUGACCCAGUGCCUGGAUCGAGCUUGGUGGAGUUGCUGCAUAUGAGACCUGCAUAUGUGGUACAUUCCACAAGUAUUGGGAACUGAUGAUGAAUCAAUGAAGGGUGGAUGAACGAGAGGCUCUGAGCAGGACAGAGAGGAAGGUCGCAAGAGCCGUGUGCGCAUUUCGCCCACGGC